AGAUGUGCUGCGGCACAGAGCGCUACAAGAGUUGACAGCGACAUUCAAAUCCUCCCUUUUGACUCAACCAAAGUAUUUCUCACUUGAACUGAAUUUUGAUCUGAUGGAGACAGUUGGAGCUCGGACGGGGUUGCCGUGGAAACGGACCUCCAACAGCUCCAACGAUCUUGGGAAUUCCCAACAGUUUGAGCCACAGUGACCCAAGAAGAAGCCCCGCCACUUAACACCGCCCGCUCCAGCUACACAGAUGAAAGCAUGGAUGACGCUAACAUUUUCAACCCCGGCAACAUCAACCCCAACAUUUUCCCCGCCAAGCUUUGGCGUUUGGUGAACAACCCGGCGGACGGAGCCAUCCGCUGGGACAGCCGCGGCCAGGUGAUCGUCAUCGACCAGCAGCUCUUCGAGGCCCAGAUCUUGUCCCCGACCUCCAGGACCUUCAGCAGCACCGACACCUUCAAGACCACCAACUUCUCGAGCUUCGUCCGCCAGCUCAACCUGUACGGAUUCAAGAAGGUCGAUCUGCCCGCCGACCACGAAGAAGAAGCGGGCAACAGGCUGUAUCACCAUUUUCACAACCCGAACUUUCAGCGCAGCUGCCCUCAGCUUCUGGAGAACCUCGUCAGGCUCACUGUGGACAACAAAGCCAAACUGAAAGCCGGACAGGACAUCAGCUCCCGGCUCCCCAACCCCAACCGGUACCAGCGACUAGGUUUCAGCACAGACGGCAAAGACAAUGUCCUAAAAGGAAGAUAUUUCUUGCCUUCGCGACCCUCAAACCAGUCGCCAGCUCAUCCGUACCAUCCCCAUAAAUCCCAGACUAUGAGACCUCAGAGUGGAACCCCAGUGCCACCACGGUACCUGCGCAGGGUAACUGGAGCAGCUCUCUCCCCUACCACUCUGCCCCUGGCGAAAGACGGGCCGAUUCCUUUGAGGCACCCUUACACUGGAGGGUCCUCAAACUCCAAAACGCUGCAUGUUCAGCAGGGCUUCCUACCUCGUAUGAGCAACCGAGAAACACAUUUCAAUAGUUUUAGUCCUCGGAAUCCCCAGUAUCAAGCUGGCUACUAUCCCACAGUUUGCCCUUGCUUCCACCCGAACCUCGUCUCACCGAACAUAACAGGCCUCCAGUUUCCUCCCAGACGUUUUUACCAGGCUGAAGGUCCCGUGACCGUGUUCGACCCCAACCGCAACUUACAAACUUCCGAAAGCCAGGAAGUGAAAAAGCCUGAAGUCAACUUAGAUGUAGUUUUCCAGAUUGCAGAUGAGGUGAUGCAAACUUCACCCAGUGCCUGUCUGGUGAAAGUGGAGAGCGCGGAGAAACCCGUCUCCGUGCCACAGCCCUCCUCUGACCCCAGGGAUGCCGUCGCGUGUAAAAGCAGCAGAGCUCCUGUCGUUAAAAAGGAGGAGGAGGAGCUCGUGGUUUCAGUACCGGAGCAAAUGGCUGACGAUGUUAUAUAUGAGGUUCACUUUGAUCAAGACAAUGAUGCUGAGCUCGUAAAUGUCGAGGUUAGCAACUCGGUUCAGGAUUAGGAUGAGCAGGACAGCACAGGGACUUCUUAGAUUUCAGCUCACUGAUUGAUUCAGCUCGCGACAAGAAGUAUCCGCAAUGAAUUCACAGUGCGACUUCAGGCUCCACUUUGAUGAUUUCUUUCUGUGUAAACAAAAAAAAUGUUGUUUUCAUAUACAUCUUUUCUCUUUAGUUUCUUUUGUGAUUGUGCAGUUGUGCUUUUCGCUGUAACUAGAAUAAUUUCAACUGUAGUGUGUUUGUGUUGAACCAUUUGAAAUUUUACAUCAAAAGGAAUGCAUGUUUUUAAGGACUGUAAUUUGAUAUGAAGACUUUGGAAAGGAUUCUUAUGAAUUGUAAUGUUGUACAACUCCGCUACUUUAACUCAAAGCAGUGGUGUGUGUCAUAGCGGAAAACAGAACCUCUGUUCAAUUACAUUUCUUAGUGAGUUUUUU